AUCCAUAUAUGCAGAACCAUAAACUAUUUGUCCAAAAGGCUGAUGUGCCCAUUAGUAUGAAGGGGUCAUGAGUUCUAAGGCUGUCUUAAUCUUCUAGUAUCAAGAUUAUUUUAUUUGUUCCUUGAGAAGUAUAGAGGCAAAGGUGUUAAACUAUAAUAUACAUUCUAUGUGAAAGAUUAUAACCAAAGCAAGAAACUGAAAUUAAGUACACAUACACUUUACUGGUGGGGGGGGAGGAGAGAGAGAGAGAGAGAGAGAUCUCAAAAUGUAAGUGUAUUUAUUUUGAGUGUUUCUUAACUUCGACUUGCUUUGUUUAUUUGUCUUUCAGUCUAAUUCUUUGAUUUGGACCUUGCUGUUAGCUAUAUCUCAUGAAAUUUUAAAAGACUAAAAAUUGGCAGAUGUGGAUUAAGAAUAAUUAAGUUUGUUCACCUGGUAUCAGAUUUUAUUUUUAUACAUUUUUGGUCUUAAAUGGAAAGAAUCUUUCUAGGAUGUUUAUUGCUCUAUUAGACAGUCAUGCACCUGUGUUAAUUUUACAUGAAUCACCUAAACACUUGCAUUUUAUUUUUAAAUGAUUUGUCAGUGACUUCCUUGAGCAAUCUCUUUUGAGUCUUUUUGUAUGGCUUCCUUGCUUAGUUUUGCCACUUCGAUCAGUGUCCUGGACCUGGCUUGCAGUAGAACUGCUCAUCCACUCCUGGAACCCUAUAUAAAGGCUUGGCGUGCUAAUUGGCAACUCGCUGUGGACUGGCGACCGGUGGCUCGCGGACCAGCACCGGUCUGGGGACCACCACUUUUGAGAAGCACUGUCCUAACCCACAAUCCUACUUUCUCCUCCUCCGAUUCCAUUUUGAUAAGGCUUGAUGUAUAACACUCCUUGACAUAGAGCGCAACCUCUCCCCCCCACUCUAUCCUUUCUGUACAGCUUAUAGCCCUCAAUGUGUACCACCCAGUGGUGAGUAGAGUUCCACCAGGUUUCUGUUAACUCCACUGAGGCGUAAAUGUUUUCUGCAAGCAGGAGUGCUAAUUCAUCCUGCUUGCUCCCCAUUCUCCUAGCAUUAGUGUAUAGGCACUUGAGCCCUGCGACUGGAGCCUUUGUUGCCCCCUGGCUCUGAUGCCCUGUGGGCCCCUGAUUGCUUACCUGCUUAUUGCUUACCUGUGCUGUACUACUGGACGUCCCAUGGAUUGCAGGUUCCUGAUGUUGUCCUUCUUCUGCCUCCCUGUCCCCUGUCUGAGCUAGUUUAAAGCCCGUUGUAGGAGAUCAGCCAACCUGUUGGAGAAAAGACUUACCUUUCGCUGAGAGGUAAAGUCCACCGCGCCCCAGGGAGUCCCUUGCCAGGAAGUGUGGGUCGUGGUCUAGGAAGCCAAAUCCUGCAUGAUGGCACCAACUCCUGAGCGGCAGGUUGACCUCUUUGAUGCAGGCGCUGUGAUGCCUACUGCGACCUCUGCCCGGGAGGAUGGACGAGAAGACCACCUGCACCCCCAUCUCCCUAAGCCUGGCCCCCAGAGCCUUGUAGUCACCCAUGACAUGGUCAGGACUAUUCCCAGCUGUGUCAUUGGUUCCCACGUGGAUGAGUAAUUUGCAUAUAGGCUAAGUACUCAAAGUACCUACAACAUGGUUCAUCCAGAAUUGAUGUGUUUAAACUUUUUUGCAAACUGCUGCAAGUUUCAGUACAGGUACUCUACAAACAAGCUUUUGAGCCGCAGUUUUAUAUCUACUUAUAAACAGUACUAAUUAUGCAUGAUAUUAGUCCAAAGCCAAAAGGCUUAUAGUUUUAUCAUGUAGUUCAUUGAGCUGGGCCCCAAUAGAGUAAAGAAUGUGUCAAGCUAUUGUGACCCCGUAGCUCAGCUGUGUGGGUGCAUGCGUGCUUCUGCUCUAGACAUGUGCCUCCUCUCCCCCCCACAAAGGAUCCAUGUGCUAAUUAGCAUCCUCACUUAUGACUGGAACUAGGUGUCCCUGCAAGAGUCCUGAGAUUCUCCAAAGAUUUGGUGUGAAUGAGGUGUGGGGCCAUCUGGUUUGGCUCUACCUCCAAGGAAGGUAGGGCCACCAAUCUCAUGCCAUGGGCUGAAAGAGUGGGUGACAGAGCUUCUCAUCUACAUAGACUUGGUGAUGUUUGCUACACAUUUAAGGUGGGGAAGGAACAGGAAUAAUUGGAAAUGGAAAAAGAAGGCACCUUGUUUCCCCAUUUCCAAUUAUUCCUGUUUUUUCACCAAUCUUAAAUGUCUAGCAAAUAUCACCAAAAGUCUGUGUAGAUGAGAAGCGCUGCUCAGCUGUGGGAGUGAAGAGUAAGUUAAAAAUGCAUUUAAUGUACUGGUUUACUGUGAGUUUAAAAAGAGUUGGUGCUGAGGAGGACUGACCACAAUGGGCACUAUAACUUAUUCAGUUGGGCUGCAUUAACCUAGCCUCCUGGCAGGGGAAAUACUGUGAUCACUGAGGUGGUUUUCCUAGUCGUUGGGGGUAACCGCCCUUCUGCAACAGGGCAGUACCCACUGAGGUAUGUAGAGUUAACGUCCCACUUGCACUUCCAGGGGGAAGAUCUUGGCUUUACUCCCACUUCAGGGAGCAAUCUCCCACUUCCAUAGUUUCCUCCUGCAGCCCUACAGCUGAGGGCAAGCCAAGCUCAGGGGUAUCUGAGCCCCAAGCUUUGGGGCAGGGUGAAAACUGCAGGCUUGGUAGCCCUGACUGAGGCCAUGGAGCCUGCUAGCUUUCAAGGAGAUAAGUGCAGGGGUUUCUGGGAAAUUGCACCUUGGGCUGCUGAUGAGCAAAAGUUAUGACACGUGUCUGUGUGUUAAGGCACACCCUCACUGGUGCUGGGGCCUCUACACGGCACAGUAGUUUGCCCAAAUGAGGCCUUCCUUUUCCCCUGUAGCCUCAGCUCAGUCCACCACUUUAACCAACAAUAGGUAAUAAAAUAACUAAGUGAGGACUGACACUAGCACCAGCAGCGUCUCAGGCAGCCAAGCUCUGACAGCCUUUCUUUCCUCUCCUGCAGGAGCUGCUUCUCCAGCAGCUGCCCUGGGGCUUAGAUGUGCCCACGGCCCUGCAUCCUUCCAGUCAGGUGCUAGAGGUGUUGGUCUAAGGACAUAGCACUGGAAGAGGUCCUUUGGGUCAAUCUAAUCUGAUGUCUUUUAGCAGACCAACUGAAAAAUUACAGAAAUAUAUCUUAGCAAGCUUUCCAGUUGAAAAACUCUUCAUCAGGCUGAGGAAGCACCUGCAGUUGGUGUGUGUGCUGUUCCUGGAUCCAAGGAAUAGUAAAGAAGCCAGAGGCUGACAUGCAAUGCUGGCAAGAAAGCCAGUCAGUGAAAAUGGAAAUGGAGGUGUCAGGGGGUGAGGGACAGGCUGGGGUGGGGGAGGAAGGGUGAUGUAGCAGCGCUGGUAAAAGUGGAGAGGUGCGUGGGGAGUUCCACUGUCUGUUGAGUCCAUGAGUGUCUGUCCCUAGGAGGUUGCUGAAGUGCAGUUCAUAGGCUUAUGUGUGAAAAGUCUCUGCACAUGUUCUGUCUGAGAGUCCAAUAUUUAUGCAUUCUUCACUGCAGAUUUCUACCAACAUCAGUGAUGCUGCUAUUGCCUGGGAUCUCUGGAGGGAAAGUCCAUGCAAGAGCCUAGGACCAUCAUUUAUAAGGAGUGGACGGGAAACUCCUGCUUACCAUUGUUGUCCCCUUGUUGUUCCUCCUUUUUCCUGCCAGUGCUUUCUCCAUCAACUGUUUGUGCAAAGAAGUUGCUAAAAGCAUGAAGAGACCUCAAACUUUGGUUUUUUUUUCUAUCUAAGGCCUCUGCCAUUUGGUUCUUGAGAAGAAGCCUAAUGAGGAAGACUUCUUUGUGGAAGAGCGGGAAUCACAGAAGAGGAGGAACAAUCCCUCAGCAAGAAACAACAUGUCACCAGCAGCUUCUUUCCUUUCCUUGUUGGAGGAGGAGGAUGACAGCAGUUUCACAUCCUACACUGAAAUGCCUAGGUUCCCAAAGAGAGACCCGAACUGCCGAGUGUCCAGUGCGAGUCAGAAAGGGUUGGAGUCCAGUUCUGAAUCAGGAGUCUCCCAGCUGGACGGAGGGUCUGUGCCCAACUUUACAGGGUGUGGGGUGUCUUAUAUUUGUCUGGAGGGAGACUGAAGAGGACACCUUGGCUUUCCAAGACAGCGAGAGAACCUCCUUUCGGACAGCUCCUCCUUGGGAGACUCUAGAUAUCCAGCAGAAGGAUACAAGCAGCAUAAUGUUGGCCCCUGUCCAUGUCCACAAGAGGCCUUCCUUCAGGUGAGUGUGCUGACAGAGGGUCUUCAUUUUAACCCUUCCUCUGAGGACUUGCAUCUCUCCGCAAGGGGCCACCUUCAACCUGACCUGGAGAGACUUCCCUUCCCUGAGCACAUAACUUACUUGAAAGUACGAGUCUCUGAGGACUCCAGUAAGCUUCCUCCACACGGCACUGGCCUUGGUACUUGACAGUUCGCAGGGGACAAGGACAUUUCAAGUGACUGUGACAGCGAGACAGACUUUCUGGCCACAUACUCAGCAGGAGGAACAGUGCCUCCGUCCACCAUGCUAAGGGAGACUUUUGAAGCUGGGACACGGGGAAAGCAUGGGACUGUGGAGGAAAAAAUCUUGAAAAAGCUUAAAUUCCUGGGUUCUCUGCAGGUGCAUUAUAUGUCAAGAAACUGAUGGUAUCAUGGGAGGAAUGAAAGGACAAGCCAUUUGUCAGCCUGUGCCUUUUUGUGCAGCACUACCCAGAGAGGGUAGCUUCUACUUAUAUCUGUCUUAUCAGGUGCUACAGCUCCAACUGCAAAAAAAAAGGUGUGCUUUCACUGCAGGUAGCUAACACCCAUUCACCAUCCUGCUGCAUCACUGGUCACCAUUCAGUGACCAAAGUCGCUGUGAUUUUACUGCUGGGCAAAUAGGACAAACUCAAACGUAGUGAUGAUCUCACACAUCUCUCUUGCAGCAAACACUGCAGGUGCCUUGCCAUCCCAUAGGAAUUCAUGGUGAGAUAUGGAUUGUGUGUGAAACCAGCAUUUUUUUUACAGGGAGAUAAUUAUCAGAAAAAGCAAAGUCUGAAACAACCAGCCCAUGCUGGCAAUGUGGCAGGUUUCAGUUGCAUGAGGUUUGGGACCCAAGCUGAUCCACCACCAGUUGCUCACCUGGGGUUGUGAAGUUAUUCCCCCUCCUUGGGGGCCAAAGUAAGGCUUGAAAUUUGUUUCCUUCACAGAUAUUUUGCCACAUUUGCUUUGUGUGGGUUCAGGAGAAACUCGUGGUCACCAUGUCUCCGAACAGAAGAAAAAUCAAAGCCAAAAAUAUAGGCUGUGUUUAUUUUUGUUAUUUUUUCAUUGGUUCAUAGAUUCAUAGAUGUUAGGGUCGGAAGGGACCUCAAUAGAUCAUCGAGUCCGACCCCCUGCAUAGGCAGGAAAGAGUGCUGGGUUCAGAUGACCCCAGCUAGUUGCCUAUCUAACCUUCUCUUGAAGAUCCCCAGGGUAGGGGAGAGCACCACCUCCCUUGGGAACCCAUUCCAGACCUUGGCCACUCGAACUGUGAAGAAGUUCUUCCUAAUGUCUAGUCUAAAUCUGCUCUCUGCUAGCUUAUGGCCAUUAUUUCUUGUAACCCCCAGGGGCACCUUGGUGAGUAAAGCCUCACCAAUUCGCUUCUGUGCCCCCACGAUGAACUUAUAGGCAGCCACAAGGUCGCCUCUCAACCUCCUCUUGCGGAGGCUGAAGAGGUCCAGGUGCCCCAGUCUCUCCUCAUAGGGCUUGGCCUGCAAGCCCUUAACCAUACAUGUGGCCCUUCUCUGGACCCUCUUCAGGUUAUCCACAUCCCUCUUGAAGUGUGGUGCCCAGAAUUGCACACAGUAUUCCAACUGCAGUCUGACCAGCACCCGAUAGAGGGGAAGUAUCACCUCCUUGGUUCUGUUAGUCAUGCAUCUGCUGAUGCACGAUAAAAUGCCAUUAGCUUUUCUGAUGACAUCGUCACACUGCCGACUCAUGUUCAUCUUGGAGUCCACUAGGACUCCAAGAUCCCUUUCCACUUCCAUGCUACUGAGCAGGUCAUUUCCUAGGCAGUAGGUAUGCUGGACAUUUUUCCUCCCUAAGUGCAACACUUUGCAUUUAUCCUUGUUGAAUUGCAUUCUGUUGUUUUCUGCCCAUAUGUCCAACCUGUCCAGAUGUUAGGGGCUGGAAGGGAUCUUACAAGAUCAUGAGGUCCAGCCCCCCUGCACUGGGGCAGGAAAGAUGGCUUUAUUUUGGUUUGUAUAAAAAUAUGUUGGAGGUGAAAUUAGUCUCGCUGAGCAGAGCAGCUCAGUGGUGCUAUGGACUGAUUGAUAACUGCCUGUUUGCAUUUGCCCGGCCAGCCCAACUGAGGGCACCUCUACACCCCUGGGAAACCUGCUGCCUUGAUAUUCUGAAUGAUAUUCUAAGUUCUCCAUCUCCUGUCUCUCCUCCCCGGGCGCUAUUGGUUGUCGGUGGGUGCGGUUCCCAUGCUGGCUGGGUCUGGAUCCUGCCCAUCCCUCUGAGCAAAGUCAAAGCUUCACUAAACUAUAUAAGAGUGGGGGAUGGAGGGUGCGGGCAGGCCAAGUGGCUGGUGGUGAGACCUCGCACUUUUACUUACGUUAUCAGGUCAAAGGAACUUGUUGGCAGUAGCAUAUGUGUAGGAUGUACUGCCUUUGAUGGGAGUUCAUGCACUGCCAUUGACCCCUGUUCGCAAGGAGGUUUGUACCUCACAAGAGGUACAAACCCCUGUUUGUACCUGCAGGGUACAAAUGGAGGCCUUUAAUGCUUCCCUCCUUCCAAGGACUGGGAGAUCCAAAGGGCAGAGCAGCUGAUGUGGGAGCUGGUUAACUGCAUGCAAAGCCUUUCAUCUUCCCAUAUCAGCAUACCUCAUGUCUUCUAUGACUAGAGACAGCAACAACAAGGCUAUGAUUGAGAUUGGCACUCCAGAGUAUUGUUUCACACUAGUCCUAAGGCGGGACUGACACCUGUCCCCAGAGGUCUGUGUGAAGUGAACCAGGAGUUUUAAUCCAGCUCCUGUAGAUGGGAAUCCUAGCCCCAGACACCAAACCAGACUUCCUUCCGUCUUUAAAUCUGAAGAGACGGCAUGAGCUAAGAGGAAAUGGCACGUGGAAGACAUCCCAUUUCUUUAUAGAAGGAGUUAAGAUGAUGGCCUAGUUCCCAGAGCGUGUGAGCACCUGCAGCAGGAGUGAAAGGGUGAUGUCUGUUUCUGAAGUUCAAGCCAGAAGCAUGCAAUAAUCGAGGGAAACUGCUGCACAUACUGCAUGCCUGACCUGCCGCUAGCAGGCACCAUUUUAGAAGACUGAUGUUUGCGCUCGGCACCCUGUAAGAUGCCGCACAGCCAGCCUUAAUAGUAUGGUAAACUUUGGCAUAACUUCACUGAUAUGGAACUGAGACAUCGCGCACCUAAGAUCACAGGCCUUGCUAUUGCUAAGUUCAGAGAAGUGCUCAUGCAGGUAGCUCUGCACAGAGCGGGUGUCAGCCUCUCGCUGUGUUUUGAAGGAAGAAAAGGGCUUGAUUAAGCCAGAUGCUGCAUUCACGUAAAAAUUAUAACAGCUCCACCAUCUUGUACAGUUCCUCCAUUCACUUCGUUAUUUUACUUGUCUUGCAGGUCCUCCAGUGUAUGCAGGCGCACACUGCACUUAAUCACAUCUGUUCGUUUAGCAGUACAUGCAACCGUUCUAGUAUCAUCGGGAAAAGCUCCCUUCCCCUCCAUGAAUUACAGGCAAUCUCGGGAAAAGCAAGAGCAAACCCUCUGCAGUGAGACUGAUACAUCAGAGGUCUCUGAAAAGGGGCUCAAGAGGUCUUAGUUCAGUUCCCUGCACCAGCACAUGUCUUCUAGACCUGCCACUUACUCUCUCUUUGCCUCCCUAUCCUCAUCUGCUAAUUGAGAAUAGUGAUCGUUGGCAAUCUGACAGGGGUUGUGUAUGAGUUAAAUAACUAAUGUUUAGGGGAUAUGGCAGCAACAAGGGAUUGAAAUGAGAGCACCUUUAUAUACAGAUUUUCUACCUCGUGAGACAUUUGUGUGAGAUUCCCAUUGGGCCAGGUUUUAAAGUCCUGAAUCAUUGACUUCUCCAGUAGAUUUCCUGGCAGUGUCCACCCUGCACCCACCACUGGGGGCACUGGAUGGAGGGGGUGGGUGGGGCCUGCAUGUAGGCAGACCCAGGAACCAUGUCGGCAGGAUGCAUUUGGCAGGCUGGAUGGACAAGAUGGUUGCAGCCCAGUGGUGUAACAUCUGAGGGCUACAACAAGCCUUUUUGGACAACAAGAUGCAAAAUCAAAGGAGGUCAAAAACUAGCAAGUGAGAGGAAGCUUUUCCUGGUUCCUCCAUGGGCAGACUUAAAUACUCGAUCAGUGUUGGAAGGUACAGCACACCUAGAGAAGACAGGAAACUUGAAGGUGAUCUGGGGGACUAGGAUAUUCUACAUCAAAACAAAUUUACCCUCCUCUGGGAAUACUUGUAUCUGGAGCCUUUUGCAGCCCUGUGAAAGCUUCCCUGAUACACAGCCCCUCAUUGGUCAGCAGCCACCUGUGAGGUAGAACAUGGUCACCUAGUUGUCAUAGUGGUGCUUACAUCACAAAGGCUGUUGGCUCACCUCUUUCCUGGGUCCUAGACCUGGAGCCCUGAGUGCCUCCGGACGCCUUCGUGAUAGGAGCUGCUCAGCGCGUUAGAGAAGGAAAGCUUGUUGAAGCCAACUUUGAACAAUGAAAGUCAUCGAUCUGACACAACCCGGCAGAAGUAAUAUCCCCACCAUGUUCUCCAUGCCUAAUCUCUAGUCCCACACCCCUUCUUGGAAGCACAAGGAAUAGCUGGAUUAGCUAAAAUCAGCUUUGCUACAGCUAGAUUUUCAGUUGUGCAAACCACUGUUACUUGGGGGCCUGGACUGCAGCUUGGGUGAUCGAUACCAGGUCAGGAUCAAGCCUUCAGCCCCUGAACACUGAUAUGCCUCCAGUCAUUGGAGACUGUGUUAGAUGUUCUGGGAAAGGCCUCCUUCCAUCCCCAAGGUUUUUCCACCAGUGGUGCCUCUGCAGGGAGAUGCCUGGUGGACCAAGCUCAGGGCAAUCUUGGCCCAGGGUUUGGCCAGGCAGACAUGGACCUUGACAUUACUGUGAGCCUUCUGCUGGAGAGACUCCAACAGGAGGAGGAGAUGAGAGUAACCAUUUACUCCAGCCUGCAGGAAGUCUUGCAGGGGGACAUAAAGAGCCUGGAUAGGAACCUUGUCAGGAGGAUCAUCCACUUGGCCUCCAAAGACAUGAGGGAGACCCAGCAAGAAAAUGAUGAAGUGCGGUUGGCAGCAGGAAAAACCCUCGUGGCACUUGCUGGCAUCUUUUAUAAUUGGGUGAUGUAUGAGCUGCAGUGUCACAUGGGGAUCAUGGAGCUCCCUCCAAUUUACUUCGUGAUUACACUGGGCGACGUGGCCUCAGCCUAUGCACUGAGGUCUGAGCCCUUCCUUGUGCUGACGCUCAGCAAAUUGCGUUUUGUGCUGAGGCUGGUGGAGACCGACCAGAUGAAGCAGGUGCUGUGUGGAGUUGUGGAAGGCUUUGCCCGGGCUGCCAACCUGAAAUUCCAUAUCGGGGACGAGAGCUCGUUCCACAGCUGUCGGGCAGCCGACUACGGUUUUCAUGUGCUCCCUUUCUUGAACUUCAUGAGCAGCAGCUGGCUGACAAGCGAGGACCUGGAGAGUCUGAGCCAGAUCUUGGAGAUGGCCUAUGAUUUUGAGGUCCCUCUCCCCGAUGGGAAACUCAAGAGCAUCUGCUUUGCCCUGCACACCCAGGUGUGUGAUAUCGCACAGCUGCUGGAAUCAGAGAUCCAGGUCAAGGUGUUCUACUGUCUCCGCCUGCUUGGUAAGGAGAGGGGGCUCCGAGUGACACGGGGGUUUCCUUCGAACCUCCCUGCUGUGUGCCAAACCCUGGACAGGGGAAUGAGAACGAGGAGUGCUGAGGCCACUGAGUGCUGGAGAUGAGCCAGAAAAAGUGUGCAGUAGUCAAGGCCAUGAGGUGCACGCUUGGUGAUCAGAGCACUGAGGUGAGGUGCUUUGUGAGUAGUGGCUGUGCUGGGGAUGGCACAUGGACCUGACACAAAAUUCCCACCCGAGAUUCUUGGUUCUCUUGUAGAGAGAACCUUUCUUCCCUGUCAGCGUCUUCAGGGAAGGCAGUGCAGAGAGUCUGCCCCGUUGCUUCCAGAGCUGGGGAGAGUCAGGAUCUGGGGAAGUGUUAUCAGCUUGCCAGUGGGGAGGGGAUCUGCUUUCCCUGAGAUGCCAAUAUGGGACUACUGAGUAGCAAAGACACGCUGUUCUCUUGCCUCUUUAUAAACCCUAGAAAUAAAAUUGGAGGCCUGGAGACCCUUCUCCUUCCCUGUUAUCCUUUACAAGGUUUGAGGGAGGGGUUGUGCCUGUCAUAUUGAAUGUAAUAGUUUGAAUGUUUGUAAUAGUUGCCCAUUAGCCAGUUUAGGAAGAAGACACGAUUUAUCUUAUCUAGGCUAUUCUUUUGGCCUACUUGCGGAAGGUCCUGACUUGGCUCAAAGUCUUAACUCUUGAAUUUUGUCUUUAGAGGCCUUUAACAAAGUUAACAUAAAAAUGACCCUUAAGCAAACAUCCCACAUUCUGAGAGAUCAAACCCUAGGGCCUUUGACAAGAUUGGAAAUAAAAGUCAAUUCAGUGAUAAGGAAAUUCCCCAAAGUAAUUAGAAUAGCCAAGAAAAUAAACUGAUUACCAAGCAAAAGAAUCUGUUAAGUAAGAUCCGAGCCCAAAUUUGGGAGUAGUGACAAGUUUGGGUAGGAGGGGCCCAAGACGGCAACUCACUCGAUAAAAACUGUAACCUACUGUCCCAAUUUGGAGGUAACCUCACUUGCAGAAUAUCGAAGGAAGAAUCGCAAGUGUAAGCCUCUCCGUGAACACGAAUCUCUUAGUUCACGCUGAAGCCGCGGAGCGCCCGAAAGGGACUGAAGGAAGGGGACUUGUUCCUAUCACUGCUGAGGCCAGCCCAUUGAAUCGUACUACUGAGACCAACUCUAAAACCAUAACUAAAGAAUGAAGGUAUACCUGGGGAUUUGGUUUCUCGGAAUUCUAGGAUUGUAAGUAUAUUAUGAAAAAUAAUAGUAUUGAUUCCAGUUCAACUUUUAGUUGUAAUUGUAGUUGUUUUUGUAAUACUAAUUCUUAUAGCAUUGUUUGGGAAGGAAGUGCAUUUGGAGCAUUGUUUCUGAUAUAUGUAGUUAUUGUGUUCUUAAUGUUUGUGGUAUUUCUUAAAGCUAAGCAGUGUUAUAUGCGUAGCAAAGAAUUUUAAAAUAAAAUUGUGUUGUAUGAAUUAAGUGUGUAAUCAUUGUGAAAUCGUGCAAGUAGCUAAAAAUUUCCCCAGCCAGUGCAUCAAAAGAAUCAGUAAAUUGUGUGGGAUUUUCUCUAUUCCAUAACCCACUAGAGACAGUGCCAUGGCCGGUCCCUGCCACCAUUAGGACAUAAGGGCCGUCCUGACUCCAAUCUGUCCUCUCCUCCCCUCCAGGUGAAGAAGGCCAUCCUUCAUUUCCUCAGGACACUGCUCAGUGUGCAGGGCCUGGAUGACUGGGCCUGGGACUUAGUGGCCUAUAUUUUCAAGCAGUCCAGCUUGUCUAGCAGCCAAAUGAAGUCCAAAAACCGUUCCAGUCAGGAUGCUGAGGAGGAACAGAGCAUCCGAGCCACCUGUGUGGAGAUCCUGGAAAAUCUGGAUGUCUCAAUCAGUGGUAUGAGCCAAGAAGGUGAUCAGUUAGUUGCUGCCCUUGCAUUAUCAAGGAAUUUCUCUUCAUCCCCUGUACCUCUUCUCUGGGCAAUUCUCUGCAUUGGCAGGGUAAUGGAGAUAGAUCAUGGCCAGUGCUGGCCGUGAGUUAUGGAGCAAGCUGCCGCCAUUUAAGGAUUGACAUACAACACCCCAGCUGCAAGGGAUCCCUGUGCUGAGCUGGCCUCCUCAUUCUCUUUCCUUGCUCUGUGCAGUUUUCUCUGAAAUUGAGACUUGUUUGGCCAGUGUUAGAACAGGGUUUCAGAGAUCAGCUAUUCCUGAGAGACAGACAUGAGGUCAUGGGUGGGGGAAGGACCCUC